UGAGGCAGUGAGCUUAUUAUCCUCUCAAAUGGUCUCUCUGUUACCUUUUGUCCCUCCAAAAACCAUGUUCACCUCCUUUCACUCCUUUCCCUCUUCCUCCAUUUUCAAAACCCUGAAACCCCCCAAACCCUCCUUGUCCCCCAAAACCCUAAUCCUAACCUGCACAGGCCAACCCAGCCCCAAACCCAAGAGCAGAGCCACCAUGAAUGCCCCCAAACCCACCUCCAAAAAGCGUAGAAAACCAUCGUAUGGUACCUCCAGAAGGUCAGUUAUCAAGAAAACGUUCAAGCAGGAGCAAGUAAUGUUCACCACGCCGGUUUCCAAUGACCCGCUUGUCGCGAUAAUCGGGGGAGGGAUGUCGGGUCUGAUGUGUGCCUUGAAUUUGGAGAAAAGAGGGGUUCGGUCCACGGUUUUCGACACGGGGAUGCAUGGUUUGGGAGGAAGAAUGGGAACCAGAAUAAUUGACCCUCACCCGUUAGUAUUUGACCAUGCGGCUCAGUUCUUUACAGUGAGUGAUUCUUGGUUUGCUGAGUUGGUUGAUUGCUGGUUGGGGAAAGGUCUGGUUCAAGAGUGGCAGGGUGUCAUUGGGGAGCUUGACAUUGGUGGUCGGUUUGUUCCACUACCUUCUUCUCCUCCAAGAUAUGUAGGUGUUAAUGGCAUGCGCCCCCUUGCUGACUCAUUAUUGUCUGAGACUUGUAUGGUUAAUGUGGUCAGACCUUGCUGGAUAAGUAAACUUGAACCAUUUAAUGGGAUGUGGCACUUGAGUGAAAAUGGAAAACCUCGUGGCGAGUUUGAUGCGGUUGUUAUUGCACAUAAUGGAAAGUGUGCAAAUCGCUUGCUUGCAUCAUCGGGCUUACCUCUAAUUGCAAGACAGAUGAAGAGGCUUGAAUUAAGUUCUAUGUGGGCCCUCCUUGCAGCAUUUGAGGACCCUCUUCCUAUCCCAGGCGGUACUUCUUUUGAAGGAGCUUUUGUUAAAGGGGUUGAUUCCGUCUCAUGGAUGGCAAACAAUACCAAGAAACUUCUGCGCUCCCAAAGCAGUGGCCCUCACUGUUGGACCUUUUUUAGCACUGCAGCUUAUGGGAAGCAGAACAAGGUUCCACAGGAGAACAUCCCAACUGCCACAGCGGAGAGGGUGAAGGCAGGCAUGCUUGGGGGUGUUGAAGCUGCGCUAGGAUUACCAAAAGGAUCACUUACGAAACCAUUUUAUACCCGUGUCCAGUUAUGGGGUGCAGCUCUUCCAACUAAUACACCUGGUACCCCCUGCAUCUUUGAUCCUUAUGGAAGGGCUGGUAUAUGUGGUGAUUGGUUACUUGGUUCAAGUUUAGAGUCAGCAGCCUUAAGUGGAAUGACCCUUGCCAAUCACAUUGCAGAUUAUUUCCAAACGGGUGGAGCUCGUCCUGAAGAGUUUGCCAUGGGUUUAGAUAACGAGUUUCAACCGCUUGAAGGACAUGAUAUUGGACAAUUUCCGGGACUGGAGUCUGAAAAAGAGAUAAAUGAGGCCCAGGCAUAUCAACUUGCCUCUUGAAGUUGUGCUGGAGCAUGAGAAUCUCUUGGUUUGGGACAUUUCAUUGACUCGUAGAACUUCUGGCAGAAGUUGUUCAAGGCUCAGAGUUAUCAGCUAUCAGAAUAGUUGGUGAAGGAAGAUAUUGAUAUUAAUGCUCUCCUACCAAAUUGUGGAUGCAUAAUUUGAGCGGUUCAUCUGCCUAAAAGAGCAAUGGGAACAUGUGUUACUUGGCAACUUAUCACCACAGGUGUAUUGGUUUCUCAGGUCUAUGAAGAUUACUUUUAUGCUCCAUUAAUUUUGAGGCUCGAGGUAGGGGCUCUAGUCGGGGCAAAGUCGUAUUGAGGGUUUAGGACUGUGGUCUUGCGAGUUUAGGGCUUUUUGGGGUUUUAAGGGUUUGUUUUGCAGGCCUAUGGUUUUUUUGGGCUUAGGGCUCUCUUAUCGGGGUCAUAUUGUGGACUAACGUUGGUUUUCUUGUGUACUUAAGGACACCUUACGCUUUUUGAUAUGUACAACAUUACUUAUAAAAAAAAAAAAAUGAAAAUUACUGAA